AUGAACAGAGUUGGACUUAUUGGAGUGUUGCUGCUGCCACAAGUAAAGUCCUCGUCAGGUUGUCAUCCUCACAUCAACCUGGUGAAAGAGGAGGAGAAGUGCCUGAGAGAUGCUCUUCUCUACGACUCACACCGAGCAGCAGGUGAGGAAAACACCAGCGUGCACUGUGAAGGAAUGUGGGAUCAUCUGAACUGCUGGCCUCCUGCUUCUCUCGGGGAAACCGUCUCUCAACCAUGUCCAGAGUUUUUCAAUUCAGAAGGCACGGUGCAUCGCAACUGCUCCGCCGGCGGCUGGACGGACCUGCUGGUCCCCCACGAGGACGCAUGUGGCUACUCCUUCAACGAGACGCUUCCCUUCCUGGGAGAGCCCUCAGAUUCUCACCUGUACUUCUCCUACGUGAAGACCAUGUACACAGCUGGAUACACACUGUCCCUCAUCUCCCUCACCAUCGCCAUCACCAUAUUCUGUCUGUUCAGGAAGCUCCACUGCACCAGGAACUACAUCCACAUCCAGCUCUUUCUCUCCUUCAUCCUGAGGGCCAUCUUCAUCUUCAUCAGAGACUCUCUGCUGUUUACUAAUGAAGAGCUCUACCACUGUGACCACUACCCGGUGGCGUGCAAGCUCGUCCUGAUGUUCUCCAACUACUCCAUCCUGGCCAACUACAGCUGGCUGCUGGUGGAGGGCCACUUCCUGUUCACGCUGGUGAGCCGCUCCUUCUUCUCGCUGAAGAAACACCUGGUCUGGUACAUCGUCCUGAGCUGGGGUUUACCAGUGAUUGUCAUCGUCUCCUGGGGCUGUGCCAAGUAUUUCUAUGAAGACGAAGGCUGUUGGGAAACCAGGAACCAUGAGUGGAUCUGGUGGAUACUUCGAGUGCCUGUGUUUCUGACGAUAUCUAUGAAUCUGGUUUUCUUCCUGGGGAUCCUGAGGAUCCUGGUGAGCAAGCUGAGGAUGCCCGACGCUCAGAGGAACGAGUUCAGUCAGUACAAGAGGCUGAUCAAGUCCACCUUCUUCCUGGUGGCUCUGUUCGGUCUGCACUACAUCCUGUUUGUCUUCCUGCCCGUGGAGGUCAGCAGCCUGGUGUUUAAGAUCUGGACGUUUGCAGAGCUCGCUCUGUCCUCCACGCAGGGGUUUGCGGUCGCUGUGCUUUACUGCUUCAUGAACGGAGAGGUGCAGCACGAGAUCCAGAGGCGGUGGAGGAGGUGGAGGCUCACCCGGCUCCUGCACGCUCGGCCCAGGCAGCAUCACGGCUCCAUCAGCCACAGCGCCUCCCCCCACACCCAGGUCACCCUGCUGCCCUGCUCUCCAGGCAGCCCGGGCACCGCCGGCCUCCCGGUGGACACGAUGGAGAUGUGA